CCUAGCUUAGCAACUACCCAUUCCUGCCUCCCUCCAUUCCUGCUUUGAGUCAGCGUCAUCAUCAUCCAUCCUUCCAAAAUUCAAUCAUGGAACAGCAGCAAUUUUCAGCAGCAGAUGAAAUGGAAAAUGAAAGUGGAGACUUGUGCAAGUCAAUAAUGUCAAGAUUUAGCAACUCGGAGGACCCGCAGCACCAUGAGUUAUGCUCAAUGAUUGGCGACAUCUCACAAGGCCUCAAGGAGCUCAACCACCCGCUCACCCCACUCGCUUAUUUCGGUGCAGCCUGCACUUGUCUUGACAAGCUUCUUUUGUCGCCGCCGCCUCCUCAUCACAACAUUCAUGCCCUCCUUACCAUUAUAUCUAUGCUUUUGCCCAGCAUAUCGGCCCCGGUCCUUCGCAAACAAUCCGAGUUUGUUUCGGCUUUGAUGACGCGUGUUAUUCACGUAUCCCAAUCCCAAACUGACACCGUUGCUUCCGGGUUGAAGUGUAUUUCGCAUUUGUUGAUUGCCGGCCAUCGGGCUAAUUGGUCCUCUGAUGUUUCUCAUUUGUUUGGCAUUCUUUUGGGAUUUAUCACCGAUUCUCGCCCCAAGGUAAGAAGACAAGCGCAUGUUUGUCUACGUGAUGUCAUGCAAGGCUUCCAGGGAACAUCAGUGCUGUCGCCUGCUAGUGAAGCAAUUGCAAGCACUUUUGAGAGGUUUCUUUUGCUUGCUGGAGGGUCAAAUACAAACUCUAAACAAGGUUCUAGAGCCCAGGAGGUCCUAUAUGUUCUGGAUUUUUUAAAAGACAGUCUCCCACUUAUGUCCCUCAAGUUCUCAACAAAGAUUUUGAAUUACUUUAAGUCUCUUGUGGAACUGCGCCAAGCUGCACCUACCCGGCGGAUUACAGAUGCCUUGUAUUUUCUUUGCCUUCAACCUGCUGUAGAUGUCUCUCCAGAAACACUGGUUGACUUGUUAUGCUUGUUAGCGGACUCUGUUGCUUCAAGUGAGAUGUCUGGCGACAACUUGACGUUCAUGGCUCGACUGUUGGAUGUCGGGAUGAAGAAAAUUUUCUCUAUUAAGCGGCAAACUUGUGUUGUCAAGCUUCCUUAUGUUUUCAGUAUUUUCACAGAAAUAUUAGCUUCUGAACAUGAGGAGCCUUUAUCUGUUGCUAUGGAGGCAUUGAAGAGCUUAAUACAUACAUGCGUUGAUGAGAACAUGAUCAAACAGGGUGUUGAUCAUAUUAUGGCAAGUGGAAGUGUCAGAACAUCCGCACCAACCAUUAUCGAGAAACUGUGUGCAACGGUGGAAAGUUUACUUGAUUAUAGAUAUGCUGCUGUCUGGGACAUGUCAUUUCAAGUUGUGGCAGCAAUGUUCGAUAAACUAGGUGAGUUCAGUUCUUACUUCUUGAAAAGCACCCUUAAGAGCAUGGAAGAAAUACAAAAGUUGCCGGAUGAUGAUUUUCCUUAUAGGAAACAGUUACAUGAUUGCAUGGGCGUAGCUAUAGUUGCAUUAGGGCCUGAAACAUUCUUGAAGUAUCUACCUCUCAAUUUAGAAGCUCAAGAUCUCUCUGAUGCGAAUGAGUGGCUGUUUCUUAUCCUGAAACAGAAUAUCAUGGGUGCUCGCUUGAGUUUUUUCAAUGAAUCUAUACUGGAUACAAUUAAAUUCUUGAAGCUGAAAUCUGCAAAGCUUAAGGAAGAGGGGCGAGAUCAUACUGCGGGGAGUAUUGAUGGACGUGUUUAUUCUUUAUGGUCUUUGUUUCCUUCAUUUUGCAACUAUCCUUUGGAUACUGCUGAGAGUUUCAAUGAUCUAGAAAAAGCAUUAUGUCGUGCACUUCGAGAAGAACCUGAUUAUCGUGGAGUAAUAUGCUCCGGUCUGCAGAUUCUUAUCAGACAAAAUAAAAGAAUAAUGGACGGUGAAAAUGAACCUUCUGUUAAGGAACUCUGCAUUUGUGAACAUCGAGCAGUUGCCCACUACACUUCAGAAGUUGCAGCGUGUAACUUGGAUGUAUUAAGGUCUUCUGCACGUGAGAUAUUAUCUACCUUAUCAGGAGUUUUCAUCAAGUCAUCCAAAGAUGAUGGUGGAUCUUUGCAGAAAACAAUUGGUGAGUUGGCAUCUAUAGCUGACGGAGAUGUAGUGUCGAUGUUUUUUAAGAGAACAAUGCAGAAGCUACUGAAAGUGACAGAGGAGGCUGGCAAACUACAAAUUACCAAAGGCUCCAGAUGUAUGGAAGUAGACAAUUCAUCUAAUGAAACUUCGCUAUCACAAAAAAGGGCGCUGCUAUAUGACUUGGCAGUCUCACUUCUACCAGGCCUAGGUCCCGAGGAGGUUGAUCUUUUAUUUGUUGCAGUAGAACCUGCAUUGAAGGGUACUGAAAGUUCGAUUCAAAAGAAGGCUUACAAAGUUCUUUCAACAAUCCUUGAGCAUAGUGAUGGUUUCAUAGUAAGAAAGCUUGAAGUGCUGCUCUCGUUGAUGUUUGAAGUGAUGCAUUCAUGUCAUUUUUCAGCCAAGCGGCACAGACUUGACUGCUUAUAUUUUCUGAUCGUCCAUGUCUCAAAGGAUGGAUCGGAACAGAUGAAGCGUGAGGUUGUUUCUUCUUUUUUGACUGAAAUUGUACUCGGACUUAAAGAGGCUAACAAGAAAACAAGAAAUAGAGCAUAUGAGAUAAUUGUUCAAAUUGGUCAUGCCUGUGGAGAUGAAGACAAGGGUGGAAACAAGGAGAACUUGCACAACUUUUUCAACAUGGUUGCUGGCGGCCUUGCUGGCGAGACCCCUCACAUGAUCAGUGCAGCAGUCAAAGGCAUAGCUCGAUUGGCUUAUGAGUUCACUGAUCUUCUGUCCACAGCUUUUAGUGUUCUUCCAUCCACAUUUCUUCUUCUCCAGAGAAAGAACAGAGAAAUAAGUAAAGCCAAUUUAGGUUUGCUAAAGGUAUUAGUUGCCAAAUCUCAAGCUGAAGGGCUGCAAACUCAUAUGAGGGGCAUGGUUGAUGCCCUGCUGAACUGGCAAAGCAGCAACAACAAUCAUUUAAAAGCAAAGGUGAAGGUGCUCCUUGAAAUGCUUGUCAAGAAAUGUGGGAUUGACUCUGUUAAGGAAGUUAUGCCUGAAGAACAUAUGAAGCUGCUCACAAAUAUCAGAAAGACGAAGGAUCGAAACGAACGGAAGCAUGCUGCUAACACCGAGGAAAACAAAUCUCGUCUAUCAAAAGCAACCACCUCCAGGAUGAGUAGAUGGAAUCACACAAAAAUAUUUUCUGAUUAUGGUGAUGAAGAAGACAAUGGCAAGUUUGAAGAAAUGGAUACCAAGACGUUUUCUGGUCGUCAUAGCAUGCUUAACUCUAAAAAAUCUUCAUUUAGGUCCAAGAGAGCAGAGAAGAGCUUGCCGGAAGACAAUUAUGAGAAGUUAGAUGAUGAACCUCUUGACUUGCUUGACCGUCAAAAGACAAGAUCGUCUCUAAGAUCAUCUGGGACUUUGAAAAGGAAGCUACAAUCCAAUGAUGAGCCAGAAUUAGAUGCUGAUGGACGGCUUAUUAUUCGGGAAGAUGAGAGCACGUUGAAAAGAGACAUGCCUGCAGGGCUGGACUCUGAUGCGACGAGUUUAGCAGGUAGUAACGUGUCAGUUAACCCACGAAGAGCAGAUAAACGCAGGAAGACAACCAAGUCAGGUUGGGCGUAUACGGGUUCUGAAUACUCAAGCAAGAAGGCAGGUGGAGAUUUGAAGAGGAAGGGUAAGCUUGAGCCAUAUGCUUAUUGGCCACUGGAUCGCAAGAUGGUUAGCCGCAGACCUGAGCAUCGGGCAGCUGCAAGGAAAGGCAUGUCCAGUGUGGUAAAGAUGUCAAAGCAGCUUGAGGGACAAAGUGUCUCUAAUGCUUUGUCCAUGAAAGCACUGAAAGUGAAAAAAGGCAAAAAGAAGAGCAACCAGAAGCAACGUGGGUAGUUUGCCUUAUUUUUGAAGGGUUAUGAAAGGAAGAUGCAAGUCUUGGCCUACCAUUUUUUAUUUAUUGGGUCAUAUUUUGGUUCUGAAUGUAUACAAAGAUACUGAAUCUUUUUAAGAUGUCAUUAGUAGAGCUGUUUUGUUCA